AAUGAUCUAUGCAAAAGACAACACAGAGUUUAAACUUUUACAUGGAUUUGGCUCUUGCUAAGUAGUCAUACAAAGCAACAACACAUAUAGAGUUUAAACUGGAGGAAUUAUGCAGUGAGCUAGAAGGCAAUUCCCAACGGCCCAAGUUCCGCAUGAAUUUAAUCAAUUAAUACUUACAAUCACAUAAUAAAAUUUCUUUGGUAAAGGACUUUGAACUUUUAUGAAAAUGUGACUCAAAAGAUGCUAAAACUAUAGUCUUUCCAAAGUGAGAAUCAAAUUGGAAAAAUCCAAAUAUCAUGUUCUUGCUGUAGAUAAUCAAACUGGCAAUCAAAUUAUACUAUCCCCAUUCUUCCCAACAAAUAUCAAUUUUGGGCAUACUAUUCUAGUUGGUUCAAAUCGUCAAAAACAGUCAUACCAUUCCAAUUGGUACAAAAACAACAAUGAACUAAUGUCCAUCAAAUCCAGCAAUGAAGCAAAUCCCCGGCAGACUCCAAUCAUCAUCGGCUUCGAAGCCCAUUCCAAUCUCGAUCCACACAUAGAUUUGGGCUCUCACAUUGAAAUUGAAAAGGGGAAAACAAAGAGAGAGAAGGAUGUAAACAGAGCCAUGAAGUAAUCUCCAUCAAAUCUAGCAACGAAGCAACCUCCUACAAAGCUUUCCCCAGUAGAGAAUUCUACCACCGCCGGAUUAGAAGCCCCCAUUCCCAAUCUCACUCGAUUCAUCAGGUAGCUCCAUCAAUGAGAGUUUCUAAUAGGGGAGAAGGAGAACCCAAUGCUGAUUGAGUGGUGAGCAACAAAUAAGCUUUCUCUAGGGCUUCGGUUUUGAAGAGAAGAUCCGAAUCUCGCGAUUUCGAUUUUUGCGGAGGUGAGGAAGAUAGAUCGGCUAGAGCAUGCUCCUCUCCUUACAUCCAUCUUGCCCUUUUCUUUCCUUUGCUUCGAUCCCGUGUAGAAGAAGAAGAAGAAGAAAAUGGAUGGUCACGGAGAAGAAUGGGAAGAGAGAGAAGAAAAGGUUGAACGGAAGAGAGGAAUGAAUUGUCGCAAAACAAAAAACAGAGUUCACAGGAGAGAGAAGCAGAGACACUCGUUUUUACUUUUAGGGAUCAGAAUCCAAUGGUUGUGAUUAGCUUGCCAACAGACUGGUCAACGGUUAAACAUAGUCAGCCCAAGGUAGUGAACUUGGGCUCAACUAAACCUGACCGCAGGAAACCAAAAAAUCUCACAGUGAACAGUAACCACCGAUUUUUUCUUAAUGAAUAGUACCCGAUUUUGUAGUUACUUGCGGGUUAAUAAUUUUAAUUAGGUAAUGCAUGGCAGUGUCACCUAGGGAACGGAUCAGGUCAGUAACCUUAUGGUGAGUAACCAUGAGUAACCAGCCCACAUCAGCAUGACAUCAGCAUCCCUCUCUCUUGGAAAGCCUUUAAUUUUCCCUUUCUUAAUCUUUGACGAACGAUUUCUCACUCGUUUUAAGUCGAAAUUUAAUUUUUUUUGCACAGUUAGAUCAGAUUAACUGUGCUCUUCAAAAUGAUAUCCACUUUGAUACAUUUUUCGAACAAAAAAAAUUGAGCCAUUUUUUACCAGUCUAUACCAUAUGGUAUUGACUGGUAUUGAAAUAAGAACAUACCUAUGGUUUGAAAAGCUUACCAUGGUGGUACGAACAAACCAAGACUGUAGGAUGGUUGAAUACAUGAUAAUAGAAGUAUAUUAACUGUCAUUUACGACUUUUAUCAUUGUGUACCAUAAUAUACCACCCCGUACCAGGGUGGUAUUGUAUGGUAUUGUGUGGUAUUUUUUUGUCAUGUAAUUUGUUCACCCAGAAAUUUGUAGAUCCAAUAGAUCAUGAUGAACUCGUCACUUCUGUGCAAACGUUUUAAAAGACGAAUUAAAAACGAAGAAAAUACCAUAUGGUAUGCAGUUGGUACCGAUAGGCCAGAAUUUUUUUUCCUAAAAUAAUAUUGAAAAUUGAUCUCAUUUUGUAGAGCAAGAUGAACUCGUUCCAUCUGUGCAAAAAAAAAAUUCGAGUUAAAACGAAAAAGAUAUGAACCGAUUAAAAAAGCUAGAAAAAUAAAAAUGGUCUUUAAUUCUCUAUCCUUAGAUCUGGAUUUUUUAAAUGAUAGGUCCAGAUUUGGUUAUGGAUGGAUGCAUAACCCACACCCUAUCUUGAGCCGUCAUCUACUGUACCUUUCUUAGAAGUAAUACACACGUUAAGAGAAAUUACCCUUUUGUGAUAGUUAAAAGUGUCACGUCAUGUAGAAAAUAUUAUCACUGAAAGUUUACCUGACGGUAUUAUUUCGUCACAGUCUAUGUUGUGUUAUGGGUGUAGCCAAUGCGAUAUCUGAUGCGCUAGAUAGAAUCUCAAAGUAAGUCAUUCACAAAAGAUAAACCUUUUGCAUGAUAGUUUCUACGUCACUUAUACAUAACAGUGAAAGUGAGUGAUAGAAACCUAAAUUUUGGGUUCUAUCAUAAAUUAUUAUUAGGUUAAUUUAGAUAUGGUUAGUAGUCUUUGAGUCGUAUUAGGAUAAUCGAUUAGGUUUUUCCAGUGUUUAGUUAUAAAUAUGUAUUUUGGGCCUACUGUUUGAUUAAGCAGAAAUUAAUAAAAAAGUUAUCUUCCCCAAAUCUCUAAUCUUCUACUCUCAACCUCGUCUUCACCUCUAUCUAGGCCGCCGGCCAUUCUUUCUGUUCUUUCCCAAAUUCUACUUUCCAAUCCCCAAUCAUAUCUCCAAAGCCCUAAAUCCCCAAUGAUUCAACCCUACUGAUAGAACCUAGAAUUAGGUUUCUAUCAUAUGGUAUCAUAGCCCGAUUUUGAGAGUGAGUUCGCUACAACUCUCAAUCAGGGACGAGUGCACCGCAAUCUAGAGCCAGAAUGAGCACUUCAAAACUCUUUUAUCAAGAUGGUUUAGAUUGCAAGAGCUGUUGCGUCAAGCUCUUGACAACAGUACCGGGAAGUGCAUGGGAAAAUGGCAUCGGCGGAGAGGGUUGCGAUUGGCAGAGGAGUUCGAACGAGCCCUAAGCCGAGCCCACACUAUCAAUCACCACGAUAACUUCUGCAAUGACUCAAUCACCACCACCUGCCGCUGUGGCCAUUUCCACAGCUGCCAUUAUCGUUGAAUCAUCAACAGCACCGCCAUUAGCCCUCAUCGUUGCUGCCUCACUGUCUCUACUAGCGACGAAGAUGAUGGAAAGACGACGCGAAUCCCAGCCGCUACGGGCGACCAAGUCUAGGCUCCUUCUAGAUCGACUCCAAUUCUGCGGGGUCGUUGAACAGAUGACUGGAAGUCCAGGAAGAAGGAGUCGAUCGAGGACUCGCCGCCGAUUGAGACGAAGACAUCAAGUACUGGUUGAUCUCGCAUGCGUCACAAAUCGUGCAAACAGCAUGGCAAUCUAGCAAAAAUAUGGAGCCAGAGAGAAAGAAGAGAUAAAAACUCGUUUCCUUGCUGUUGGGAGCAUGGAUCGUCGCGGCAAUGAAAGCGCUGAAGUCGAAGUCAGAAGUAGGGCCGCAACCACGUUGUCCGGUGGUGGGUUCCCGACCGAGGAUGGAAGGAAAAAAACAGGAUGGUUGCGUCGGCUUCGAGCGUCAACACGAAUCGGAGGCAAUAAGGAGCCUCUCAAUUAUAUCGCUGACGCCACCAGCCGAGAGAGAAACGCCGCGACCGAAAGUGGGUUCCCUUGUGCCGAUGACCAGCAAGAAGUCGACGGGAGGCGCGCGCAGGAAGAAGGAGCCCGAGGAAAGAGAACGAGCCGAGAUUGCAUCACCAUCGCCUACCCACUACCGACGACGUGAAGCUGAGAAGAUGUCGUUCCACUGGCUUGUCGGCCAAAGCAUCGAAUCACGCACGUAAUGCGCUGGAUCUACAAAAUGGGCAAUGGGAGCUGGUCAUUGUGUCGGGCGACAGGGAGAAGAGACCGGAGGCGAGCUGUUAGCCUCACCGCCUGGUGGAGUUGCUGGCAGAAUAUGGCUGCGAGAGAGGUUUGACGGAGAAGAGGGAAGCAUGUUGUAAACUAUACGAAACCCAAACAAAUGUAUGCUUUAAAUAAAGCCUUCAUAUUCCA